UUCCCUUUUGCUUGAAAGGAUUGGACAAAAUUUAACCAACGUCAACAAGGUAAUGAAAGAAAGAAUUGAUUCAGCAAACUCCUAAAUUCCGGUGCAUGCAUCAGAAAGAUUUGUAUCCCAAUCACAUACCCCACCCCAAUCGAGCCAGCAAAUCCAAGCCAAGGUAGGUUGGCUACCCUCCAAUCCCACAUCGCCAUUGGCUUGGAUUUUGGGUUUUUCAUAGACCAAACGUGCUUGCAUUCUUGGCGAUUGCCCAGCGGCCAACAUUGGAAUCCCAUCCUGAGGUACCUGUCUCCAUCCACUGGUCCCGGCGGAAAGGACAUUUUGCUGGUUGGUGGUUACCGAUACCUGCUCGCUUUCAUCACGCAUCGGAUUUGCGCAAACAAUGAGGUGGUCAUGUUUUGUCUGUCCAAACUUGCAAAGCAUAAAAAAAUCCAUGGCUUCUUACCAUUUCACACAGUGAAGAACCCUUCCAAUCAUGGCUUCCUUGUUUCUCUCCCCGCUACUAGCAUUUCUAAUCGUAGCUUCUCCUGCUUUGGUAGAUGGCCAGGCCAAACAGACCAAUAUCACCUUGGGUUCUUCGCUCCCUGCCUCCAAUAAUGCCUCCUGGCUCUCGCCUUCGGGCCGCUUCGCCUUCGGCUUCUACCCGAAAGCACAAGGCUUCGCGAUCGGAGUAUGGCUUGCAACCACCCCUGAGAGGACCGUCGCGUGGACAGCCAACCGCGACGAUCCGCCGAUUAUGGAUGGCUCCAUUCGGUUAACCUUCGACGGCCGGCUCCUCUGGAGUGCUCCUGGCGACCAGGAGAAGGCCAUAUCUCAGGCUACCGAGCCUGCAGCCAUGGCUGCGAUGAUGGAUACCGGCAACCUUGUUCUCUACAAUUCUCAGCAAGCGAUCGUAUGGUCUUCUUUCGGUUCUCCCACGGACACACUUCUACCAGGACAGAGCCUGCUUCCAGAAACUCAACUCUUCUCGAGCUUAUCGGAGACCGAUCGAUCGACAGGAAGUUAUCGGCUCAACAAUCAAAAGGAUGGGAACAUUGUCUUGUAUCCUGUGGACACAUCAAAUACCGCCGAUGAUGCCUACUGGGAUACGGGCACCUUCCAGAUCGGCUUCCUUCUUACACUAAACUUGGGCAGCAACGGUACGCUGUACUUAACCGGCAACAAUGGUAAAUUUACCAAGAACUUGGCACAGGCCAAGAAUUCUAGUCCGCGGAGUGGAGUUGAUAUCCAUUACCGAGUGACAAUAGACCCGGAUGGGAUUCUCCGGCUUUACUCUCAUAGAUUUGGAAACAAUGGCAGCUCGACAACAGCGGUGGAAUGGGCAGCGUUGGACAACCAGUGCCUGGUCCGGGGUGUUUGCGGGAUCAACAGCUACUGCAGCCUCAAGAGCAAUGGAGAGCCCGAUUGCCUUUGUCCUCCUGGGUUCGAAUUCGUCGACCCGAGCCAGGUUUUACUUGGUUGCAUGAGGAACUCCAGCAUCGGAGAUUGCUUAGAGAACUCCAGAGGAGGGAAAACAGGAUUGACAAUGGCCACCAUGAGGAACGCAACAUGGGUGGACAAGCCAUACGCCAUUUUGCCGUCGACGACGAGCGUAGACGACUGCAUGUCCGCAUGUUUGGCCGAUUGCUUCUGCGAGGCAGCGCUGUUUCAAGACGAUGCCUGCACCAAACAGUUGAUACCGCUCAGGUAUGGGAGGACGGGGGGCAACGACACUCUGUUCAUCAAGGUCGGAGCCAUCAAUCCUAACCAGCAGGGUGUAAUCUAUCGAAGGAAUAGAAAGGAGGGCAUCGAUGUGUUGGUCAUCACCGUCGCGUUAGCUGCCUGUUCGGCCGUUGUCUUCGCCGUAGCUGGCUUUCUUUUCUACAGGAGUCGAAAAUUAGGGAGAUACAUGAGAGCAUCAGAGUGCAGCAACUCGGGUUUCGAUGAAGAGACGCCACUGAGAUCAUAUUCCUAUGGAGAGUUAGAGAAAGCUACAGAGAGCUUCAGGGAAGAAUUGGGCAGGGGAGCCUUUGGCACCGUGUUCAAAGGGGCAUUUUCCAAUGGAGAAAGGAUCAUCGCUGUGAAGAGACUAGAGAAGAUGGUGGAGGAUGGAGAGAGGGAAUUCCAGAGAGAAGUGAGGGCUAUUGGAAGAACGCAUCACAGAAAUCUGGUUCGCUUGCUUGGUUUCUGCAAUGAAGGUUCCAACCGACUACUGGUUUAUGAAUUCGUGAGCAACGGCUCUCUUGCGAACCUUCUUUUCAAAGCCGGGACGUAUCCGAGCUGGGAAGAAAGAGUCAGGAUUGCGUUGGAUGUCGCGAGAGGGUUGCAGUAUUUGCACGAAGAGCUCGAGGCCCCCAUCAUCCAUUGCGACAUAAAGCCUCAGAACAUUCUCAUGGACAGCUCCGGAACCGCCAAGAUAGCUGACUUUGGAUUGGCCAAGUUGCUGAUGCCGGAUCAAACGAGAACCUUCACAGGGGUCAGAGGGACGAGGGGGUACCUCGCACCAGAAUGGUACAAGAACGCACCCAUAACAGUGAAGGCUGAUGUCUAUAGCUAUGGAAUCGUGUUAUUUGAAAUCAUAUGCUGUAAGAGGAACAUGGAGCUGGAAGAGGCUGGGCAUGAUUAUACCCUUUCUGAAUGGGUCUACGAAUGUUUCAUGGCUGGUCAGCUGGAUAAUCUAAAGAUAGAUGAAGUUGUUGAUCAUGGCGAAUUAGAGAGAAUGGUGAAGGUGGGUCUUUGGUGCGUUCAGAAUGAACCAGUCUUCCGGCCGAGUAUGAAGAAUGUGAUAUUGAUGUUGGAAGGUAAUAUGAAAGUUUCACUCCCUCCUCCACCACCUUCUUUUUCAGUGUGAGAUGAUCUGUUAUCACGCUAGCCAGUCAUUUUUGUAAAGAUGAUCUAGAAUUUCACACAGCAGAGGUUUUUGUAUAUAUGUAACUCUAAUGUUGGCAUACACUUCUUCCUUAAAUUUUGUCAUUUGUAUGAUGAUUUGUUGCAAUGAUGGCCACAAAA